AUGAACGACAAAAGUGCCAGCACAACAGUUUUACCUUCGAAACCUAUAACCUUCGUCCCUUCCACACAAAAAUUUCCGCAAACUAUUUCAACUAGUCAAGAGAUUGACGCUAGCAUUUUUGAAGUUACCGAAGAAGCAAAGAGUACUUGUGAGUUCUAUCAGGAUGUAAUUUCUUUACCACCCAUCAAUAUCGCUAACAAAAUGAGAAAAAAAUCAGAACACAUGGGAAAUACUGCACCUUCUCCAAAACUUACGAAAUCUCUCCCAAAAAGAUGUAACUUAGAAUCCGAAAGAAAAAAAGGAAAUUCACUAUUCACAAUUUCUUACAAAAAUUUUGUGGGCGUCAAAAAAUCGAGAACCACAUCUCAAACCCCCGACAAAAAUAUCAAUAAAGAAAGCAAUUUCAACUCUGAAGAACCUUGUGAUUCUUUAAACAGCAAUAUUUUUUUAAGUAACACCGAGGAUAGAGACACUUGGCAUUGCGCUUCUUGUGCGCUUGAUAUUCCUUCACAAUCCUUUCAACAACACUUGCAUGGAACAGCUCAUCUUAUAUCCCAUGUACCAGAUGAUGAUGCUGUCCCUGUUGAUCCAUUAGUUUUAAAUGAAUCCAAUAUAGGAUUCCGCAUACUUCGUGGACAAGGCUGGACAUAUGAAAAAGGAUUAGGAGUUAGUGAGCAAGGAAGGCGGCAACCUAUUACACCAAAAAUUAAAAAUGAUCGUUUGGGAAUAGGCUUAAAGUCAAGCACAUUAAAGAAACAGAGAGAGCUGAAACAAAAAAAGGAAAAAAGUAAAAAGAUGUUAAAUGCAAAAGAAAUAGCGCGACAAUAUGAGAAAGAAAAAAAAGAAAGGAUUAAUUUGCUGGCUUACAUGAAUCGUUAA